AUGCCAAGUUCUUUGACAUCUUCAAGAAGCUUGAAAUCAAAAAUCCCUUUUGCAGAAGCCCUUGAACAAAUGCCUUCAUAUGCGAAAUUCAUGAAGGAUAUAUUGAGCAACAAAAGAGACUGGAGAGAGGCAGAAACAAUUAUACUCACCAAGGAGUGUAGUGCAGUCAUUCAGAGGAAUCUACCUGAGAAAUUGCAAGACCCUGGAAGUUCUGUGAUCCCCUUUACCAUUCGAGACACCUGCAUAAAGACGGUCUUAUGUGAUCGUGGAGCAGGCAUCAACCUAAUGCCAUUAUCAUUGAUGAAGAAACUCCAGAUUCAAGAAAUCAAGCCUACCCGUAUUUGCCUCCAAAUAGCUGACUGCUCAGUAAAAUUUCCAUUAGGAGUGGUUGAAGAGAUGCUUGUGAGGGUGGGACCCUUUACUUUUCUUAUGGACUUCGUGAUACUAGAUAUCGAAGAAGACAAGAAUGCAUCUAACAUUCUAGGAAGAUCUUUCCUAGCCAUAGGAAGAACUAUCAUUGAUGUCCAGAAGGGGAAAGUGACACUGAGGGUUGAUAAAGAUGAGUUCGUGCUGAACGUAGUCAAUGCUAUGCAAUACCCCGAUCAUCCAGAAGAAUGCAUGAAGAUAGAUGUCAUAAAAACUCUGGUUAAAGAAGUAUUUAAAGCUGAGAGGCUUGAAAAGGAACUGGACGCCAGUCUUGAGGACACACUGCUUGAACCGGAUGAACCAGUAGCUCAGAGGGAGACGCUUAGCAGGCCUAGUAUCGAGGAAGGACCCCCUAAACUCGAACUAAAGACAUUACCUCCAUCCUUAAAGUACGUGUACUUUGCCAAAGAAAACACCUAUCCAAUGAUUAUAAGCUCUUCCCUGAGGCAGCAAGAAGAAGAAGCGCUGAUUUAA